AAGCCCUACAAGUGUGGUCAGUGUGGCAAGAGCUUCACCCAGAAGAGUAGCCUGCUCAAACAUCAGCUCAUCCACACCGGGGAACGUCUCUUUGCCUGCGCCCACUGCCCCAAGGCCUUCAGAUUCGAGAAUGUCCUCAGUGCCCACCAGCGCAUCCACACGGGUGAGAAGCCCUACAACUGUGGUCAGUGUGGCAAGAGCUUCAGCCAGAAGGGCGGCUUGCUCAGACAUCAGCUCAUCCACACUGGGGAGCGCCCCUUUGCCUGCGCCCACUGCCCCAAGGCCUUCACAUCCAAGAAUGGCCUCACUGUCCAUCAGAACAUGCACACGGGUGAGAAGCCCUACAACUGUGGUCAGUGUGGCAGGAGCUUCACCCAGAAGGGCGGCUUGCUCAGACAUCAGCUCAUCCACACUGGGGAGCGCCCCUUUGCCUGCGCCCACUGCCCCAAGGCCUUCACAUCCAAGAAUGGCCUCACUGUCCAUCAGAACAUGCACACGGGUGAGAAGCCCUACAACUGUGGUCAGUGUGGCAAGAGCUUCAGCCAGAAGGGCGGCUUGCUCAGACAUCAGCUCAUCCACACUGGGGAGCACCCCUUUGCCUGCGCCCACUGCCCCAAGGCUUUCAGGGACAGGAAGAGCCGCAGCAUACACCAGCGCAUCCACACAGGUGAGAAUCUUUACACAUGUGGUCAGUGUGGACAGAGGUUCACCCGGAAGGGCAGCCUGCUUAGCCACCAGCGCAUCCACACUGUGGAGCGCCCCUUUGCCUGUGCCCACUGCCCCAAGGCCUUCAGAUCCAAUACUAUCCUCAAUGCCCACCAGUGCAUCCACACGGGUGAGAAGCCCUACAAGUGUGGUCAGUGUGGCAAGA